UUUGCUUUGUCCUGGUACAUUUCAAUUCAACAUUAUAUUUCUUUUAGAAAUGAUUUGGUGCGAGAUUGUUCAUUUAUUCAAUCUAGUCAUCAGGGGCAGAAUGAUCAUUUAUCCAGAAUCAGCUGUUUUAAACGCACAAACCAAACAAUCAGUUAGUUUAUCUAAAUCAGCCGGUCAUCAGCAGAUUAUCUGAAUAAGUUGCUUAUCAGCAUAAGUUGGAUAAGCUACAGCUGCCCCAAACAGACCUUGAAUCCGCUGAUUCACAAGAUUUAGGAGGUGUUUGGUAGACUAAUUUAAGUUGAAUUUACGUCUGAAUUUAACGUAAAUCCACUAAAUAUUUUAUUUCGUCCGUCAAAUCCGUCGGCCCAUUUAAAUUAAAAAAUUUCACCGGCCUUACUAAAUCACGGCUGGGGAAGGAGGUUGAUUUAAGCACUGCGUGUGAUAUAUCACUCUCCCUCUCCCGGUUUCGCCCAAAACCAUCGCCUCGCGAUAUAGUCCCUAUUAGAGAUAGCAGGGAAGGCCAGUAGGGGAUCGUGGCGUACAGAGACCAGUGAUACUUCCAUCUUUUUCAUCAUUUCGCUUCGAUACUACCAGAAACCAUCGAGGAAGAAGAGAUACUGCUUAUCAGAAUCUGAGAUUGGUGAUAAUGUUGCGGUUGGCUCACACUAAAUCCAACUCCCUGCAAUAAAUUACAGUCAUGUGAUUGUGAUUUAUGAAUAUAAGUCGAAAACAUGCCAAAAAUUUGUUGUAUGUAUCGUAAAUUUGUGUGAUUUGAAGGAGGAAUCAGAAUCGGCUACAGGGCAGGUGCUUGCAAAGGAAAAUGGAAGAUAGUGAAUCUGAUGUUGUUGCUGCUGCUCGCUGAUCGCAACAACCAUCGGCUUUCCAAAUGAUGAUCCUGUUGCUGCCCACCGAUGCAGAGAGUUCAUCAACUAUCUACAGUGGAGAGCAUUUGCUGGGUCAGAGGAAUCCAUUUUUGACAAAUGGCUUCUUCAUCGACCUUCACGAUUGCUCGGGUGUCAAAUUCUUCUACUUCCACAGCUUCAACACAACCACCAAUUCAUUCAGUUACAGUUGUAGAAUCUUCACCUCCCACAGCUUCACCAUCCCCACCUUCACUCACCCCUCCCCUUCCAUCUCUUAAUUCUUCUCCGCCACUGUCAUCAGCUAGCAGGUCCCCUCAUCAGCCUCUACCAUCACCUCAAGAUGAACAUUUAUCUCUAUCACCACCAUGGCAGACAGUCACUACAGCACCUUCAUCUCUUACGUCCAAUGUCAUGAGGAGCUCACCUAAGGCCAAGCAUAAUGGUCAUGUAAAUGUGCAAUUCAUUGCUGGCGUUGCAGUUGGUGUAGGGUUGUUUUUUGUUUUGAUGACCAUUUUGUGCAUCUGUUUCUGCAAGCAAAAGAAGAAACCACACAACUCAAUGAAGUACUAUGCUGAUCCAUCUGGACUUAAAGACAGUAUGUAUUACUCCAGUGGACUACCCCCAAAAUGGCACAAUGGAAAACAAGGGAUGGCUCAUGGUGUGAAGGUUCAACCACCACCCGGUAUGCAUAGUCAGUCUGUUGGUGGAUGGCACCUACAAUCAACCGCCACAAUGCUUAGCAGCGGUGAGAUUAGCUCCGUCUUCUCUGGCCAACAAGCCCCUCUGCCACCUCCAUCUCCUGCUUUAGCCUUGGGUUACAACAAAAGCACCUUCACCUAUGAGGAGCUUGCAGCUGCCACCAAUGGUUUCUCUCAGGCCAACCUCUUGGGGCAGGGCGGCUUUGGCUAUGUGCAUAAGGGAGUGUUGCCAAAUGGAAAGGAUAUUGCUGUUAAGUCUCUCAAGUCUGGAAGUGGGCAGGGUGAACGAGAGUUUCAAGCUGAGGUUGAUACUAUUAGUCGUGUUCACCACCGUCAUUUGGUUUCCCUUGUUGGAUACUGUAUAGCUAGAUCACAGAGAAUGCUUGUCUAUGACUUUGUUCCAAAUAAGACUCUUGAAUACCACCUCCAUGGGAAGGGACUUCCUGUAAUGGAGUGGUCCACCAGACUCAAGAUUGCAAUUGGAUCAGCUAAGGGCAUUGCUUACUUGCAUGAAGACUGUCAUCCAAGAAUUAUCCAUCGUGAUAUCAAAUCUUCUAACAUCCUACUAGAUUUCAAGUUUGAAGCACUGGUUGCUGAUUUUGGUUUGGCAAAGUUUUGGUCGGAUGAUCACACACAUGUCUCAACCAGAGUCAUGGGAACAUUUGGAUAUCUAGCACCAGAGUAUGCAUCCAGUGGCAAGCUAACUGAGAAAUCUGAUAUUUUCUCUUAUGGGGUGAUGCUUCUCGAACUGAUAACUGGGAGACGACCAGUUGAUAGCUCACACACAUUUAUUGAAGAUAGCUUAGUGGACUGGGCAAGACCAAUUCUUUCUCAAGCAUUGGCUGAUGGGAACUAUGAUGAUGUGUCUGAUCCUCGUUUGAAUGGUAAUUAUGACCCCAUGGAGAUGGCACGUAUGAUUGCAAGCGCUGCUGCUUGUGUUCGUCAUUCUGCAAGGCGGCGCCCAAAGAUGAGUCAGAUUGUUCGGGCAUUGGAGGGCGAUGUAUUACUUGAGGAUUUGAAUGAGGGGAUGAGGCCGGGGCAGAGCGUGCUUUUCAGCUCAGGCUCAGACUAUGAUUCUGACUUGUACGCACCAAACAUGAGGAGAACUAGAAGGGUAGCACUUGCCAGCCCUGAGUACAGUGGAGAUUAUAGUGGCAUGAUCGCUGAGUAUGGACACAGCCGCCAACCCUCAGCUUCCAGCAGUGAGGGGGUAUUCUCCGACGAGCUUAAUCCCAUCGGCAACAGGCACAGAUUACCUGGCCUUUGAGCUUUCAGUCUUAAAUCAGGUUUUCUUGAUAUUUCUGCUUUUGCCAUCUAAUGCUGACAUUAAAAGCUUCAGUUUUCUUUUCUAUUCAUUUUUGUGUUUAUAUUCAUGCUUAAUGUUUGUUUUAUAUUUUCUCAGUGAAGAAAAGAAAUUUAUAGAGGAAAACAUUGAAGGAUU